AUCUAUCUAUACACAAAAUCUAAAAAUAUGAUAAUUGCUUCUAACAAUGCGCAGUUUUAUUUUUGAUGGAACAGCGAUUACUUUUUUCUUUUUCAAACUUACAACAAAUUAAAAUUCAAAAACAUUAUCCGCGGACCCGAGUGAGAGUGAGAACCUGAACCUAUGGGGCCUUAAACAACAAACUGAUUAUUUCUACGAGUAAACACGUGUUAAAAAAGGUGGUAAAAGUCGCUAGUAAGUUAAUAAGCAACCCAUGACCCAUACCACGAGUCCGUACAGCGCACCCUCGCCCUCAACAAGUCACAAUGCGCGCGCCGCCGCGCAGCGCGCUGCGCACCCCGCCAUUUUAAUACACCACCGUAUUUCAGCAACACCGACUCGAAAAACAUCAUGAAAACUCAACUCAGACCCGCAGAACAGUGAAACAAAAUGAAUUUCACGCCGUUUACCGGACACAUCCCGACGGCGGCGGCUAUCCCCACAAUCCAGCACUUCGCCGCCAAGUUCGGGUACGAGGGCACCAGCACCAUCCAGGAGAGAUACCAGGGAAAUGUCCAGUUCGUGACGCCGGCAGUCGACGUCAAGUUCAGACAGGCAGAGAUGGUGGUCCCGGCGGUGGACGUGAAGUUCCGACAGGCGGAGAUGGUGGUGGUGAGCAGCGCGCCUGCUGGCGCCGUCACCCUGGCGGGGAUAGCGCCCAUACACACUGUGAACAGCGGAGUGAAGUACCAGACAAUAUCAUCUUCCACAGUGAACUUAGGCAACGUGUCGUACGGACAGACGUACGUGCAGGAGCCGAAGGAGAAACGAGAGUAUCGCGAAGAAGACAUCAUGGCUACUAUGAUGCAGCAACAGGAGACAAUCACAGUGACGGGGGCGCCACUGCAGCAGGGCCCGCAGCAGCUGCUGGUGGUGCUGCACGAGCCCCGGGAGGCGGCCGCGCUCGCGCGCGCCAUCAAGCAGGAGGCGCGCCAGCCCGUGCCCGCCGAGUUCAUCAGUAUCGGCGACGUGUCGGACGCCACGUGGCAGUCGCUCGGCGGCGGCGUCGCCGACUAUUUAUCGGCGUUGCCGCUGCCGCUGCACCACUUGCUCAAAUACUCGGACAAACGCGAGGAACCAGUGCUGGUGCAAGUGCCUAGCACGCCAGUAGCACAGCAGAUCCCAAGUCCCACAGUAAACACGGUGGUGGUACAGACGGCGCCGGCGACGCCGCCGCCGCCAAAGAAGAAGAAAAAGAAGAAAGCCGCUAAAGAGAAGAAACCCCGGCCUAAACCCGGAGAGAUUCGCCUCACUACCGCCCUUGAUGGCAGCACUCUGUAUUGCUGCCCGGAGUGCCACAUGGCAUACCCAGAGCGAGGACUAUUGGAGCAGCAUCUGGUCGGACACACCAUGGAAAGAAGGUUUAUCUGCGACAUUUGUAACGCAGCCCUAAAACGCAAGGACCAUUUAACGCGCCACAAGCAGAGCCACAACCCGGAGCGGCCGCACGUCUGCUCCGUCUGCCUCAAGGCCUUCAAGCGGCGCGAGCAGCUCACACUGCACUUCGUCAUACACUCGGGCGAGAAGAGACACGUGUGCAACGAGUGCGGCAAGGGGUUCUACCGCAAGGACCACCUGCGCAAGCACACGCGGUCGCACAUCGCGCGGCGCGUGAAGGCGGAGCUGUCGGCGCGCGGCGCUCCCUCCCCGCCGCUCGGCGCCGCGCCCGCCCCCGCCCCCGCUCCCGCCCCCGCCCCCGCACCCUCCUGACACGACGACAAGGGCGACCUCAUCACGCUCAUACAGGCCGCCAAGGACGUCUUCUGACUCGACGAGUUAGGUCUCAAAUAUAUUGAUGCUUAAACGUUACCUUGAUCCAAAGUUGAAAAACUUUCUUUUAUACUUAGCUAAAAGAAAUGGCUCUUUACUGUACCCCGAUUCUUUUGAGACCAGAAUUUUUCUUAGAAUAAAUUACUGUCUCGGGUGAGACUUGAUCAGACCGUGAGUUCAAGUGUCACCCACAGUAAUUUUUCCACUUUUAAAUUUAUUCUAAGCUUAAUAGCAUCGUUCGCAGACGUUUCUGCUGGUUAAAAUUAAUUCAGAAUUUUUCUAACCUCAAAAGUGGUAAAACUAACUUUUUCUUCCAAAAUGCUAGGGUUCCUAUGACGUCUAAUAAUAUUGCGGUACAAUAUUAUGUAAACGACACUAUGAUUCAGUCAAUAACUUCUCAUAUUUAAUUAUUAUGAAAAAAAGUUCUACUUACUACUUUUGAGGUUAUAAUUUUUUUUUUGAAAUUAAACUGUUAUGGCGUUUGCACUAGUCCUAGUUGUAGAUUUUGAUAAAUAAGAUCGAUUCGAUAUUUUGCUUAGGUACUUAAUUGUUUAUUUAUUUUACAAUUAUUGAAAAUGUAAAUAUAAUACAGAAAUAGGAACAUAUAUAGGUACUAUAUCAUGAUUCUCUUUUGAAAUUUUUAAAAUGUGUCAGAGAUAAAAUCCCGCAAUUACCUAUUACAUAAAAAUGUUACCAGCCAUUUUCGAAUGGCAUAUAAAUGUUAGGUGUAAGUUGUAAAAAAUUAAAUAAAUGUGAUUUAAUUUAAAUUAUAAUUUACUGUGAUCUUAAAAAAAAUUAUACCUAUUUAAAUUGAAUGUUGGCAACCUUAAGAAGAGUUGUUUUUAUUAUUUGUUACUUAAAUAUUGAAAUUUUGUAUAUGUUUUGAAAUUCUAAAAUAAUAUAAAUAUGACGUACAGCCGCCAUUAGAGAUAUCAGAGCGGUCAAGGUGUUCACAAAUAUUUGAACACGCACUCUAACGCCUUAACAAUAGGUCCAUAUUGGGAUACCCUCCUCCAAUUGAGGGGGGAUUUAAAUUUUCUCGGGUCAGAGGUGUAGGGUUAGAGCCGGUGUAGCUUUAUUUGACGUUCAUAAGCACAUUUUAAUAUGCCUACUAGAAUAAUAAACUAUCUUUACCUUUAGAGGCUUGUUCAAAUAUUUGUGAGCACUUUGGCCGGUCAGAUAUAUAUAUUAUGGUGGCUGUACCUAAGUAAAAUACUCUGUUUGCAAUAUUAGGAUAUAGUUAUAAUGUCAGUUCUUGUUAUAUAGGGAAUAUACAUUGGUUAAAAUUGUAAAUAAAUGUUUAUAGUUAAUCAUAGCAUAGCGCAUUUUGACAUAUUUUUAUAUAAUAUCUAAUAACUGUCGCCUAAAAUUGAUAUAAAUUCAAGCUUUGACUUUCUAAGUAGGAAAAUAAAGUGAACCAUAGUAGACAUACAUUUGUUUUUGGUAGGAAUACUCAAACCAUUCUAGAUAUAUUAGUACCUAAGAGAAUGUGAAAUAGAGGUGUAUUGUCAAAGAAAAUUUUGUAGCUACGUAAAUUUAAUGCCAUUUUGGGUUAUUCCGGGAAGAUUUUACCCAGUAGUUGCACAUGGUAACCACUUGGUGGUAACUAGUGGGAAUAAUGAUCCUCCACCCCAUCUUUCGACACAUGAUUAAAACUUUUAGAACGACUAUUGACUUUACCUAAUUCUUUCACAGAUAUGUGUUCAACUUGUUAAAUAUCAAAAAGUGGCGCCAUCUUACCGGGCACUACCUAAAGGUUAUGGCGCCAUCGCUGGAAACGAUGUCGCCACGUCAUACCUUUGGUCUUUGAUCUAUAAGAUGGCGUCACUUUUUGAUAUUUAACAAAUUUAAUACAUAUCAGUGAAAGAAUAAGGAUCAAAGUCAAAUGGCGUUCUAAAAGUUUUAAUCAUGUGUCGAAAGAUGGCAGUAAGUUUAC